AUGAACGGCGAUACAUAUUCAUCAAGAGGCAUGGCACCUUCAACGACAAAACCUAAAAGGGAAGAUGGAGCUACUACUGACAAGAAAGCAUCAACAGAUCGACAUGGUUCGUCUAGAGAUUAUCACUCCCGAGAUGAUCGACGUGGUGGUGAUAGAGAUCGAAGACGCUCGCGCUCUCCAGGACAUCGAGGCUCCAGAAAUUCUCGCCGCGAUGGAGAAUUAGAUACACGGGGUGCGGAUUCUUACUCGACGAGUCGCGAAUACAGAGAGCGGGAACGUGAAGAUAGGUAUUCGGGCAGGGAAAGAAGAGGUGGUGGUGGCGAGCGAGAGUGGGAUAGAGAUCGUGGAGCAGCAAGACGAGAUGCUAGAAGGGACGAUGAUGAAAGACCGCCGCGCAGAGAUAACAGAGAUUUAUUCGACGAUAGACGUGGUGGCGGAGGUGGUAGAAGGGGUGGUGAUCGAGGCGACCGAAGAGAUCGUGGAGAUCGUGGAGAUCGUGGAGAUCGUGGAGAUGCCGACGGAGGAUUCGCAGCUCAACGAGCCGCAAAGCGAGACAAGAGUCCAACACCUCCACCAAAGAAGAGAGAGCCCACACCAGAUUUGACGGAUGUUGUAUCAGUUUUGGAGCGCAAGAGGAGAUUGACACAAUGGGAUAUCAAACCACCAGGAUAUGAAAAUGUUACUGCGGAGCAAGCUAAACUUUCGGGCAUGUUCCCACUUCCAGGAGCACCACGACAACAACCCAUGGAUCCAAGCAAGCUUCAAGCUUUUAUGGCACAACCCAGUGGACAAGUCACAAAUGCAGCUCUCAAACCUUCAAACUCCAGACAAUCAAAACGGCUCCUUGUUCAUAACAUUCCUGCUGAUACUAAGGAAGAGACUAUUGUUAGUUUCUUCAAUCUUCAGCUUAAUGGAUUGAAUGUCAUUGAGGGUUCUGAUCCUUUAAUCUCAGCACAAGUUUCGAAAGAUGGCUCAUUUGCUUUACUUGAAUUCAAAACACAAUCUGAUGCUACUGUUGCUUUAGCAUUGGAUGGAAUUACCAUGGAUGGCAAUGACCAUAUGGAAACAGGAAAUGGCUCCGCAGAUACGCGAGGUCUUUCCAUUCGUCGUCCAAAAGAUUACAUUGUACCAGCCGUUACUGAUGAAACACCAUUCGAACCAGGUGUGAUUUCUACCGUUGUAGCUGAUACUCAAAACAAAAUCAGUGUUACUAAUAUUCCUCACUAUUUGAAUGAUGAGCAAGUUACAGAACUAUUAGUGUCUUUCGGAGAGUUGAAGGCUUUCAUAUUGGUCAAGGAUAGCAAUACAGAUGAAUCACGAGGAAUUGCUUUCUGUGAAUAUGUGGAUCCUGCUGCAACUGAUAUUGCUGUUGAGGGUCUUAAUGGUAUGGAGCUUGGUGAUAAACAUCUCAAAGUUCAGAGAGCUAGCAUUGGUAACACCCAAGUAUCUGGUUUGGAGAUGAGCGUCAAUGCUAUGUCUAUGCUUGCUGGUACUACGUCACAGGAUCUCGAGAAUGGCAGAGUAUUACAAUUACUCAACAUGGUCACUCCUGAAGAACUCAUUGAUAACGAAGAUUACGAGGAAAUCUGUGAGGAUGUCAAGGAAGAAUGCGAGAAAUAUGGCAAAGUUCUGGAAAUGAAAGUCCCAAGACCAACUGGUGGCAGUAGACAAUCAACUGGAGUUGGUAAGAUCUUUGUGAAGUUUGACACACCAGACUCAGCAGGAAAGGCUCUCAAGGCCCUCGCGGGUAGGAAAUUCGCAGAUCGUACUGUCGUUACUACCUACUUCCCGGAGGAAAAUUUCGAAGUCGGCGCAUGGUAGAUACUGGAUCAACAUACCGGAUUUAUCACCACGAUCCCCUUCCAGAGGUCCUUACUUAUCUCCCUGGUACUCAUUACUCACGAAACGAUGUAAUGCAAAAUUUACUCACAAAAGGAAGUUUUUCUUCUUCCUCGUCACACAAAAUACUAUAUCUUCUGUACUUUUAGCAUUAUAGCAUCCAUCCAUUGGCGAGUUUUUAGGAUUCUCACUGUUACUGUUUCAGAGCAGAAUCGAUAGGAGUCUUUAUAUGACUCGAGAAAGCAAAUUAGUUUACUACUUACCUAUCUACCUACCUAUAGUUUCAAAUAGGUUCUUUUGUUUGCGAAUUAACCGAUUUGAUUGUCUAGCGAGAUAUCUAGCUUUAGCGUGAAUUUCAACUAUGUUAUUAAUGAUAUUAGGGGGUGGGGGUGUGUAUGCUUUAUGC